AUGGGCUCAGUGCGCGACUAUUUCCUUGCUCGCUGUCCCACUGAGCUCACUGUCGCCCUCCUAGAGGAGAAGCUGCUAGCAGCCGAGAAGAGCAUUGUAGCUGUAGGUGCUGCUCGCGGCGCUCCUCGCACCCCCAUCUUUGAGGGGUGCUCUCCCUCUCCCCUCGCUCCCUCCUAUGCUACUGCUGCUGCUGUUGACUUCCUUGGUGCUGAGUCUGCUGGCGCUGCUUCUGCUCCUGGUGGGAGGCGCCGCACCGGCAAGGGCAAGGGGGGCAAGGGUGGCGGGGGUGGCGCUGGGGGGGGAGGGGGUGGGGGAGGUGGGGGGGGAGGCGGUGCUGGAGGGAGCGGUGGCGGGAGUGCCGGUGGGAGUGGGGCCGGCGGCGGAGGCGGGGGCGGCGGCGGGAGCAGUGGCGGUGGUGGCAGCGGCGGCAGUGGCGGCGGUGGCGGUAGUGGCGGUGGCGGUGGCGGUGGUGGCGGUCGGAGCGGAGGUAGUGGCGGCGGUGGAGGUCGGAGUGGAGGCACCGGCUCGGGCCAGAGCUCCCAGCAGCAGCAGCGUCCCCAGUCGACCCAGCAGCUUCGUGAGUGGCUUGCUCAGCGUGGGACGUCGGGGGGCAGUGGCCGCUGUUCCUAUGUCAUUCGCACAGGUGAUCGCAAGGGGCAGACGUGUGGAAAGUUCCACACUCAGUACCGCUGCUUCUUCCGCCUUGACGACGCUUGGCGUGAGGAGAUGGGCGAGGAUGUUGAGCGCCCUCGCUGGGCUGAGCUGAUGAGGGCUGGUGUUGAUAUCUUUGCUCUUGACUAUGAUGCUAUUAUUGCUGCCAUGUAUGCAUUGACUGUUAGUGCCGAGGGAGACUGUUACUUGUGUGUGCCGCCUGACCCAGGUAUAGGGCCCGCUGCCCUAGUCCUUGCCCAGUCCACCACUGUGCUCCCUUGUCCGGCGGUUCCGUCUGGCUCGUUGACGGGUUUCCACCUCCCCUCGUUCUCGACGAACCUGGUGAGCAACGCUGUCAUCCAGGAUCAGUGGGUUGACACCUUUACCCCUGGAGGACAGCGUGUGGCGAUCUGCACGUGCUCCAGGACCGGCCGUCACCUGGCUACGUUUACUCGUCGGCCGGGGUCGAGUCUCUACACACUGACCACUGCGUCUCCUCAGGUCGCUGCUGUCGGUCAGGUGUCCGCGUCAGGUCUGGUGGCCCACGCCUGUGAGUGUCAUUCCCUGUCGCACCAGACUCUUCUCUGGCACCACCGCCUGGGUCACCCCUCCUUGCCACGCCUCCAUGGCAUGCACCGUCGCCGCCUUGUGUCUGGUCUUCCCAGGUCCCUCCCUCCCCUCCCUGCCUUGCCUGCGCCGCCUUGCCUUCCUUGCGUCGAGGGGCGGCAGCGCGCCGCUCCUCACUCCUCCUCGUUCCCCCCGACAGGGGCUCCUCUGCAGACCCUCCACCUGGACGUGUGGGGCCCAGCCCGCGUUCGUGGCCAGGGCGGUGAGCGGUAUUUUUUGCUGGUUGUCGACGACUACUCGCGUUACACCACGGUCUUCCCCUUGCGCACCAAGGGUGAGGUCCCUGCUGUUCUGAUCCCUUGGAUCCGCACAGUUCGUCUCCAGCUCCGCCGCCGUUUCCGGACAGAUCUUCCUGUCCUGCGUCUGCACUCUGACAGAGGUGGUGAGUUUUCCUCCGACCUCUUGAGGACCUUCUGUCAGGCGGAGGGCAUCGAGCAGACCUUCACGCUUCCGGACUCCCCACAGCAGAAUGGGGUUGCUGAGCGCCGCAUUGGCCUGGUCAUGGAGGUCGCUCACCUCGCCCACACUGCGUUGGACGGGGAGGUUGGCGAUGCGUCGCGCUUCCGGGUGUGGGGUGCUCGUGCCCUUGUCCGCGAUACGUCCGCGGACAAGCUCUCCUCCCGCACGCUUCCCUGUGUCUUCCUUGGCUUUGUCCCUGACGCGCCGGGCUGGCAGUUUUACCACCCCACCUCGCGCCGGGUCUUCGCCUCUCAGGACGUCACCUUUGACGAGUCGGUCCCUUUUUACCGUCUCUUCCCCUACCGUACUGCCCCCCUCCCUCCCCCGCCGCUUUUCCUUGCUCCUGGUCCCCCUCCGGUAGACCCCCUUCCCCCUCAGGGUCCUGCUCCUUCAGGUGUCUCUCAGGUAGACCCUCCUCCCGUCGCUGAGCCUGUCGAGGUCACAGGUGACUCAGGUGCUGCUGCAGGUGGUGCUGCUGGGAGUGCUGAGCCUGCGGGUGCUGGGCCUGGGGGUGCUGGGACUACGGGUGCUGGAGCUGAGGGUACUGUGCCUGAGAGUUCGGAGCCUUGGGGUGCUGAGCCUGGGGGUGCUGCGACUGGGGGUGCUGAGCCGGCGUGUGCGGAGUCUGGGGGUGCUGAGUCUGGGGGUGCUGCGCCUGCGGGUACUGAGCCUGGGGGUGCUGCUACUGAGCCUACGGAGCCUCGGGUUGCUGCGUCUGGGGGUGCUCCGGUUCGGGGUGCUGAGCAGUCUCUCACACCACAGCAGCUUCGUGACUGGUACGUCCGGCGCUUUCGCCGUCCUAGUGGCUCGGCUGGAGCUGGGGGUACUGGAGCUGCCGGGACUGGUUGUUCUGGGAGCACUACGACUGGAGCUGCUGGAGCUGGGGACUCUGGAGCUGGCGGCGCUAGCGGAGUUGUAGCUGCCGACUCUGGGGGUGCUCUUCCUUGCGGUGCUGCGGACCCUGGGGGUGGUGCUGCUGCUGGUGCUGCGGACCCACCUGGUGGAGCUGCUGCUGGAGCUGAGGACCCGGGCGGUGGCGCUGCUGCUGGAGGUCUUACAGAGCGUCGUGAGCCUGAGUCUCGUCCUGCGUCGCCUGUCCGUACUGCUCGCACUGGUCGUCGUGUCCCACGUGAGCGUCCUCCUCCUGUCCCAGGCACUCACUUCAUGACUCUGCGUCCCUCUACUGCUCCUCAGCGUGUCCCUCUGCCGUCUCCUCCUGCGUCCUCUUUGCCUGCUGUUCCGGACCCUGAGUCUGACCGGUAUCGUGCUGAGCACCCUACUGUCACGCGUCUCCUAGCUACUGUUGUCACUGACCCUACCUUUGAGUCCUCGGCUGCGUCUGCUCUGGUCGCUGAGUUGGUUGACUUUGCUGCUGCCUGUCGUCUAGACUACGCUGCUCGCCUUGUUGCUGGGUCUGAGUCUGCGUUUGUCUGUCCUCCGUCCGUCGGGGGUGAGUGUGCUCUUGGCACGGACGUCCUUGAGGACAGGCAGGAGGACUUUGACUCUCUCGCGGCUGCUGUACCUCAUCUCGUGGCCUGGUUGCUUGCCCCUGAGGGAGACCCGGAUGCACUAGACAUCCCUACUCCGCGCACUUACGCAGAGGCGAUCUCGGGUCCCUACUCCUCUCAGUGGCAGACAGCCAUGGACGCAGAGAUGGCAUCCUGGAAGUCCACAGGCACCUACGUCGACGAGGUUCCCCCUCCUGGGGCGAACAUCGUCGAUGGCAUGUGGAUUUUCAGGGUGAAGCGGCCGCCAGGUUCUCCGCCUGUCUUCAAGGCUCGUUACGUUGCUAGAGGCUUCACGUUCCUGCAGGGCAGCCUGCACGAGAAGAUCUGGCUGCGCCGCCCACCUGGCUUUACUGGGUCGUUCUCUCCUGGUACCCAGUGGAGCCUCCGCCGGCCAGUCUACGGUCUCCGCCAGGCGCCACGCGAGUGGCACGACACACUGAGGACUACACUUGCGGCUCUUGGGUUCGCGCCGUCUACUGCUGACCCGUCGCUGUUUCUGCGCACAGACACGUCGCUGCCGCCGUUCUACAUUCUCGUGUACGUCGACGACUUGGUCUUUGCUACUGCUGACACUGAGGCACUCGCUCGUGUGAAGUCGGAGCUGCAGAAGAGACACACCUGCACUGACCUGGUCACACAUGGUGCAGCAGGUCUUCAGCGUUCGGCUCCAGGCUUCUCCUCACCACAGGCCACACCUCUGGCUACCAGCCACUCGCUCUCAGCUCCACCUCCGGACGAGUCCGUAGAGCCGAGUGGCCCGUAUCCAGAGCUUGUGGGCUGCCUCAUGUACCUGAUGACUUGCACGCGACCUGACCUCGCGUACCCUCUUAGCAUCCUUGCUCGUUACGUUGCGCCUGGGAGACACAGGCGAGAGAGCACUGGGAGGCUGCUGCUAAGAGGGUGCUGCGCUACUUGUGCAGUACAUCAGGCAUGGGCUGUGUGCUUGGAGGACGCGACAGAGUUGUCCUCACUGGCCACUCGGACGCUCUUGGGUGGCGACCUGGCUACCCAGCGGUCGUCACAGGGUUACACCUUCAGCCUUGGCUCUGGUUCUGUCUCGUGGCGGUCCACCCGCUCUUCCUCUGUUCUCGGCUCUAGUUGUGAGGCUGAGAUCUACGCCACAGCCAUGGCUGCCCAGGAGUUACGCUGGCUCACCUACCUGCUGACUGACUUGGGAGAGCGGCCUAGUUCUCCUCCAGUUCUGUACGGUGACAACAAGGCGGCCCUUUGCUUGUGUCAGGAGCACAGACUGGAGCACAGGACGAAGCACAUUGCUCUUCGCUACUUUCUUGCUCGAGAGCUGCAGCAGCGAGGUCAGCUUCGGCUUGUGUACGUGGACUCGAAGGCCAACACUGCUGAUAUCUUCACCAAGGCGCUCCCGCCUAGUGAUCAUCAGCGGCACUGUACUUCCUUAGGCCUUGUGUCCACAUUCCCUCAUUUGCUUACUGCUUGA